AUGAGAGCAAGGAUCAAGCGACGCCCACAAGACAGGAAAAAUGUUUUUCACCAUACAUCAAUUUGCCAAGAGAGUGAAUCACGUACGUAUUUACCUUACUUUCUGCUCGACGUUAUGUGAUUUUUUCAACGAGAUAACCGCCGUACAUCAUUUCCAAGAUAUUAUAGAACAUAAUUAUGAUUGUGGAGCCAUUUUCCGUUUUUGCCACCUUGUAGUCCCUGUUUGAAUCCAUUCGAAGAAGUUUUCGCAAAAAUUAAAUAAAAAUAGCAAACUUAAUCUUCUAGUAAUAGAAACCUUCCAUUCAGAAGAGAUAUGCAGAUUUUCUGCAAAUUUUCGAUAUUGUUUUUGGUAUAAAAUAUAUUACCCUUCAUUCUAAACGAAAUCAUAUAUCUUGAAUAUGCAUAUUCAUCGUCGGAAAUGCGUGACGUCACAACCAGGGUAACAUUAUUUUGUACGUUAUGAGCAAUUCUCGCGCCAUUUUAAGAUAAAUUAUAUUUUUUACCAUUAUAUAUUUUAAAAUUAAAGCACAAGCUAUGUUUAAACUGGUCACUGGAAAUAUAUUUUUAUUUUCAAAAUGUCUACCCUGCAUGUCGUGACGUCGUUUAAUUAGAUCUAAUUAUACAACAAGAAAGGGGAUAGCGGGAUAUUUUAUUUUCAAGUAUAUCAAACAUUGAGAUGCCCUGGGUGCCUGAGGUUCUUCCACGCUCGUAGGAGGAUCCUAGUGAAUAUCUCAUUAUCCUUUUACGAGCGUGGAAGAACCCCUCGCACCCAGGGUAAUUAUAACUGAGAUAAAAAGGAUUUGUAAAUAAUCUUAACAUUCUUUCAAAUUAGGGAAACUUAAUAUUUGUUACUUGUGAUGUUACUCUGAGUGUGUAUCCACACCGGGCAAGCUUGAAAAAUAUGCCUGACCACGGUGGGAAUCGAACCUACGACCUUUGGAAUGCUAGCCCAAUGCUCUGCCAACUGCGCUACGCGGUCUGAUCGGUUCGAGUAUGUGAUAUUUCGGAACAGAAUCUAGUUCCUUCGAUAUCAAUGUUAUCUAAUAACAAUCAUGAUUUUUCUGUGUUGGUGUAAUGUACUCAGGUGAAUAUGAUGUUUGUGAUGUUACUCUGAGUGUAUAUCCACACCGGGCAAGCUUGAAAAAUAUGCCUGACCACGGUGGGAAUCGAACCUACGACCUUUGGAAUGCUAGCCCAAUGCUCUGCCAACUGAGCUACGCGGUCUGGUCGGUUCGAGUAUGCGAUAUAUUUCGGAACAGAAUCUAGUUCCUUCGAUAUCAAUGUAAUCUAGUAAUAAUGAUAUUUUCUGUGUUGGUGCAAGCCAACAAGUACAACCGCGUAGUUCAGUUGGCAGAGCAUUGGGCUAGCAUUCCAAAGGUCGUAGGUUCGAUUCCCACCGUGGUCAGGCAUAUUUUUCAAGCUUGCCCGGUGUGGAUAUACACUCAGGAUAACAUCACAAGUAUCAUAUUCACCUGAGUACAUUACACCAACACAGAAAAAUCUUAAUUUUUGUUGUUAUUCCCCAUCAAACAAUAAUUGUGAUACAACGAUUUAAACGUUCAAACAGUACGCGAUACAAGCCCGCUAAUCUGACAUGUAUUUGGACAAAUAAUACUUGGUAAUUGGAAGGGAGAUAUGCAUAUAUACUGGCUACAGUAUAUUUGGCUUGUUGAAGUAAUGUUGUUUAAAAUUUAGCUUGUUGAAUUUUUAAAAAGGUAAAUAGAAACAAAACUUAAGUUUCUCCCAUUUGGAAGAGAGAUUCGAUAUGUUUUAAAACGUUUUAACAGAUUUUCUCUGUCGACGUCGUUCUUUGUACAAGAGAUACUACACUUCAUUCAUAGCAAAAUUAUUAUACAUUUUGACGGAUAUGCGUGACGUCAGUACCAGGGUGACAUUAUUGUUUUCAACUUGAGCAAUUCUCGUGUCAAUUCUCGGGUCAUUUUACCCUAUUUUUUUACUAUUGUCCGUUUUAAAUUAAAUCGCAAACUAUGUAUAUAUAAGCGUUAGACUGAUGUUAUUUUUUUUAGUUUUAAAACGUCUACCCUGGUCGUGACGUAAUUUAAUUAGAUCUUAUUAUGGAACAAAAUGGCGGAUGGCAGAAUAUUUUAUUUCCAAAUACCUCAAAAAUUAACAUGGUUUUCCAAAAUAUCCUUUCAAAUCAGCCAAAUAUAAUUUUGUUGCCAUUCCCUUCUGCUACAACUUACAACAUCAUUUCAGAAAGAAAAACUUCGUAUGACACAGAGAAUGAAAAAUUGAGAAAAUAUAAAAUAUACUAAUCGAAAAUAUCGUUAGAUGCAAUAAGCUGUGACAAAUCGCGUUGCAUGUCGUAGCAAAUAUUGCUUUGCUUUGUUUAAAACUUGGCCUUAACGGUAGGCUCGGUUUAGACGCCGGUUUUUCCCGUGAGCCGAAUUCAUAGUUCAGUCGAUUAAAUAGGCGUAUACUGUUUAAUCUCAAACAGGCCUGCUUUUUAUCAGCCGUAUUUAAUUAUCCGCGCUUCUUGCCUGGGGCGAGUGACGCUCAUAACAACAGAAAGAGCGGUGCCUAAUAUCUUGAUGGCUACUGUUAUCCUGAAAAGAAUAUUGUGAACCGCCAAUGUGAUGCACAUUGCGAGGACGAAAACAAUAUAUAAAAAUAUAUGCGCAUUUCACCAUUAUCAUAAUUACUUUAUACAAUUGCUACAGCUCAUUACAAGCACGGUUGUAUAAAUCAACAGUGCUUGAUCCAGCCUUGAAACACGCCUGAACCAGGGGAUCGGAACAUUUUAAUUCAGGCGUACCUAAUAUAAUAAUGUAGAGCUUAUUUGAUGCAGAUGCUGUGCUUCUCAUGUAUACUUAAUUUAGUUAAUGUAGUUCGGCUCAUGAAAUGUCCAGCGUCUAAUCCUUACAUUGCAUUUUAUAUAUAUUUUAAUAAUAUUUUCUUUUUUUCUUCAUAUUCCUCUUCGGUAAUUGCACCCAAUUGUUUUAACUCAAAUAGAUCUUUUAUUUGUUUUAUGACUUCUGAGCGCAACUUCGUCUUUGAGUUCUCAAUACUUGCAUCAGUUUUGACCUAUAGAAAGCAAGCAAAUAUGUGACGGUUAUUAGCACUGUGUACCAAAGUUUUUUAUUUUAUAUAGCAAACUUUUAAUUCCAGUAAAAUUAUUUUAAUACCUGUUCAACAGGCAGUGCAGCUUCGUUUGACGAGCUUGAAUCCGGUGGAGAUAAAGCAUGUGGUUGUGGCUCACGAAUUACGACAGAAAUACGUGAAUGUAAAUUCCAAGAUUCAAGAAAGGAUCCAAGAAGUUUGGAUCUUACACCCCAAAGACCACUUAAGGAUCUGAAAGCAGUCGAUUUCUUACUAAGUAAGUAA